GUCUCCUGCCCUUGAUGUUGCUGGUGGUCCUGCUGUCUGUUGGAACCAGUCUGUCUGAGUCCGACGUGAAAUGGCUGAUUCGAGUUGCCAGAGGCAUCAAGUUCAACUCUCCACGUGCUGGAGGAAACUUGCGCAGAUCCCAGUCCUGGAGUCCAAGCGGCAACAUGGACAGGAGCUCAGGAAGAGCCAGCCCCAUGUCCUGGAGCUCAGGAAGACCCAGCCCCAUGUCCUGGAGCUCAGGAAAAGGCAGCCCCAUGUCCUGGAGCUCAGGAAAAGGCAGCCCCAUGUCCUGGAGCUCAGGAAAAGGCAGCCCCAUGUCCUGGAGCUCAGGAAAAGGCAGCCCCAUGUCCCAGAGCUCAGGAAAAGGCAGCCCCAUGUCCUGGAGCCCAGGAAGAGCCAGCCAGGAGUAGAAGCUCCAGCAGAGUUUAGAGGAGGUCAGGGUUUGACCGGGUUGAAGUUUUACUGCUUUGCAGCAAUUUAACGUAAGACUCCACCACAUCUCCUCUGGAGAUUAAUACCACUGAAGUUCGGCCAAAUGCAAACAAGGAUGUUAAACAAAACUCCCGCUAAUGUCCUUCAGUCUGUUUCUGCUUCUGAAUAAAACGCAUCUGUAUCAAA